UUCUUACCUAAUUUCUCAUUUACUUGUAGUGCUUUGUGUCAUGCGCUCUGCAUCUUUUCUAUGAAUUCAUUGAAUCAACCCCAGUAGUAACUCCUCAAUUGCAGGGGAUUAAAAAGACAAAUCCUUUCCAUCCAUUUUUCUCUAAAUUUAGAUAUUAUCAAAUAGACAAGAGAAAAAUCCAUUACCAGUAAAGUCAUUUCAGGAUGUAUGGAAUCAAUGAGUGAGCCGCAAUGUGUGAUGAGCACCUAGCAAAGAAGCCUUCUUUCACCCCAAAAAGACUGAUAAAACAGCAUGUAACAUUUGAUAUCGUUGAGAGUUGUUCACAACAAAAAGAUACUCUGACUUUUGCGUCCAUUAAUCAUAACAAAGCGCAAGUCAGCGGUAAAGGAAGUAAGCUGGCACGAGAAAGUGAAGGGCAGCAAAAGGAGUAUGGUUGAUAUUGGAAUUGAGGAUAUGUUCCUUCCUGUUAUUCCUCCACUUUGGACGUGCUUAUUGUUAUCUACCCGCUUUCUUUCUUUGUAACCCAAAAGCGGAACCAAACUUAAUUAUUCCUCGCAAACAAAUCAGCCCUAUAAAAAUGGUCUCAUGGCGUCUUCUUCUCUUGCAUACUUGGAAGCCUCUCCUGAGAUGGGCAGUAGUUCCACUCAAACCUCCAGACAGUAUGAGCAAGAUUGCCACAUCCUUCACUGUUACUUCUCUGGCAAUGGAGCAAUCAGCAACCAAAAACUUGUUCAAAUUUUUGUCAAUAGAGACUCAAAUAUGCUCAAGCUCGUCCGCCAGACUUACAGUGCUCGAUAUGGCCAGGAUCUUCUUCAGCUCAUGUCAGAUGUCCAGAGGAAUAACUCCCUUGCUAGGAUAGCUUAUCUCCGCAUGGUUGAACCGCAUGAACGUGAUGCUCAGAUGAUAAGGCAUUCGUUGUUCGGAGGGAGUCUAAACCUCAAUAUCAUCAUUGAGGUGGCUUGCACCAGACCAUCUUCAGAGCUGCUACGAAUCAAGCAUGCCUACCAAAGUCGAUAUAAUUCUGACCUUGAAAAGGAUUUAACAAUGAGAGUCAAUGGUGGAUUCAAAGAGAUUCUGUUGGCUGUUCUGAAGUCGUGCCGCAAUUAUGGUUGUAAAGCAGACAUGAGCCUGGCCAUGUGUGAUGCCAAGACUCUGUAUGAAGCUAUGGAAAGUGGGAAAAACAUAGAUCAAAAGACAAUAACUUCAGUUCUGAGUCAAAGGAACAAUGGGCAAGUAAGAGCCAUACUAAGCUCCUACAAGCAGCUGUAUGGCCAUGAAUUCGGCAAGUCGAUUAAGAGAAGCAAAUGUGGGCAAUUUGGGAAGGAACUUCGGGUCGUAAUACGGUGCAUCCAACAUCCCGAGAAGUUUUUUGCAAAACAACUGAGGAUGAAAAAUGCGGAUGGUAGAGAGAUUCUGAUUCGAACAGUAGUUACCAGGUCGGGGAUAGAUAUCAAAGCGAUAAACAAAGCUUUUGUAGCUAAAACAGGCAGCUCUCUGGAAAACCUUGUUAUACGGGAAUUUAACAACAGUAAGGACAAGACAAACGACCUCGUAGUCGGUAUCUUGGUCGGGCUUAUCAAAGGUUGAAUAUGAAGCAGGAAUCAUGGCAGAUUUGGUUCAUAAAUAAUUGACUUGUUUAUACAAAUAAAGACGGCAUCAUGGUUUCUAAUUUAAAUUCCUUGUAAUUAUGCAUUGGAUUUGUAGUUGUUAAGGCAAGCUUCUUGCGCCAUGCAUAAACUAAGAUUCAUGUCUGCACAUGUCCUUGAUUGUGUAUAUGCAUAAACAAGAUACCAAAGGGUAUAUGCCCUUAUGAUCUUUAUUCAUUUUUUUCCUUACCUUACUUAUUCUUUUUCUGUACUCCUGAAAUAGAGUUCUUGUACUCAUAAGCAGUUUGAUCACUUCCUCACUUAUCUGACCUUACUUAUUCUUUUUCUGUACUCCUGAAAUAGAGUUCUUGUACUCAUAAGCAGUUUGAUCACUUCCUCACUUAUCUGAGCUGGCAACAUUAGGCUCUCAUUUAGUCAGGUGGAGACAAAUCUAGAAGAGAACAUUACUAGGAAAAAGCCUU